CGACAAUCCACUUCACUUUUCUUCCAUCUGCCAAAAGCUUGCUUAAGCAGUUUUCCAUUCCGACGGUGUCUCAGAUCUUGUGCCCCUCGCUGUCACUCAAUAAGCAACACAUGUCUGAGUGUUACGUUGCACUGUCAGACCGUGACCUUUCUCUGGUAAAUAUCAGUGCAGCUUUACGCCCGAUAUGGCACCACCGUUGAAGAAGCCUUCGAAGCCAAUCUUCAAAACAUCAUCGCCGUUCACAGAAACUAAAUGGCCGUCUGUAUCUCGUGAAGACCAGGAAGUGAUUACGGAGUUACUCUGCAAUCUACUCACACCACUCGGCGAGCAUCGCAGAACUCACAUUCAACCUUCCAAGGGCAAAAAACGAAAGCGAGACAUAAAAUCCCACACAGAUGAUUCCCCUAAGUCGCCAGUACCAGCUAUAGGAUCCCAUGUUCUUAUCGGAUUGAACAGCGUGACGAGACAUUUAGAAACUCUGGCCGCCAGAACCGCACCUCCUCCCGUACCAGUCAACGGAUCAGCCGUCAAUGAGUGCGACAGCUCCAUACCCAAUGAAGACAAACAGCAACCAGAGGCACCGCCUCGACCUUUGAGCUUCGUCGUCCUUACACAUCCACAACCAUCACUGUCCUCAUCCCAUGGGCAUAUACCCACACUGCUUCAUCUUGCCACCCUGCGAUCUAAUUCAGAAGGCAAACUAUCAGAGAUCACACGUCUUGUCACUCUCCCCACCUCCAAUGAUACUCGGCUGGCAAGUGUACUACACAUCCCACGCGUCGGCGCGAUUGGCAUCUAUGAGGGCGCACCAGGUGCAAAGGUGUUGGAAGAGUACGUGAGGAAGCAUGUGGGCUUGACAGAGUGCACGUGGUUGAAUGAGGCUAUGAAGCCAGAAUGGCGCGGGCUGAACGUCGAGCACGCUUGAGUGCUGUCAACCAUCAAUCUAGUCAAGGUUGGCCUCUAUGGGCAAAGACGUUUGACUACAACAAGGAUGUUAAAGAGGUGACAUCAAUUCGUUGGCAUUUUUACCACCCCAAUUCCAGUAUUCGAACAGAUGCACAUCCAGGAUUAAAUAUGGGCAAGUCUUGCCGGCAACUGGACUCGAGGAUUAGCCGAGGCUUCAAUCUAUUACGGCUAGACUCCGCUCCUUUCACACAUCACUUGGCGUUGUUCGAGAUACAUGGCUGAUGCCGAUACUUCCACCUGAAUAUACUGUGUUUUCACUCGGCAUGAAUAGAGUAAUGAUACGACUCUGUCGCGCCGCAUUCCCUGGGUCAGUCGACAAGAAACGGUUUCUAGGGCAUAUCCGCUACGUUACUUUGAGGCGUUGAAUCUUCCGCUUCUGCCAAGCGCUUCAGGAGAUUUACCACACGAGUUUAGGACCCGAAAAGGAUCUCCGC